CAUCGAUCUUAGAAACCUCACGGCACGCAAGAUACAGCCCGUUCAGGACUAAGCUCACUCGUGUACAGUCACAGAUUAGCCUCAGUCUUCUCCACUGACUUGGGCCACCUCAGCCAUUCGGGUCAACUUUCUCGGUCUUGUCCACUCCGACUGAGGGUUGAGGCAGCGGCAGCCUUACGGGGCAAGGGCAAUUCACGCCCCACUCGGCAAGCAUGGUUGGAGUGGCCGGAAAGUCCAAGGGUUGCAAUACUUGUCGAGCACGGAAAAUCGCGUGCGACCAGCAAAGGCCGGCAUGUGCUCGAUGCACUCGAUCGAAUCGCGUGUGUGGCGGGUAUGAGCGGGAUAGGGUCUUUGUCAUGAUGCAGCCAGGCGCGAAGAAGAAACACGUUUAUCUCAAGUCUUCUCCCUCGCCGUUAGAAUCCUCAGUUGAGAGUUCUCCGCGCUCCGCCGAGACAUCGACACUCUCACCUGCUGGGCGCAAUCAAGCACGCUACUCAUUCACGGAAAGAGCUCCAGCUUACACGCUGCUCCAGAGGCAGAACGACAGUCAUAACCUGGUCUUGUCUUUUCUCGCCAAUUGUCUCCCAGCCGCCUGGUCCACAGCACCUUCCAGAUCGUGGAUCACGCUUCUGGCAAGCCUGCGCACAGAAGUGAAAGCCCUGGAAGUAAGCAGUGCCGCCCUGGCAGCCGCAGCAGUGGGACGCAGAUUCAACGAUCCGGCAUUGGUCCAAUACAGCCACAGCCUCUACACCCAAGGACUUCAGCAACUGCAGCGCGCGCUGUGGGAUCGUAGGCUUGCUCAGGAUGAUGCAACUCUGGCAGCGUGCAUGGCUCUAAAUCUGUACGAGGCGAUGGAAUGUCCGAAUGCCGGGUCGGAAGGGUAUUUCGGCCACUGCCAGGGCCUUCUGGUCUUGGUGGAAGCGCGUGGGAUUGACGCUCACUGCUCCGGUCCGGGCCACCAAUUGUUCCUCGGUGUCCGAAUCCCAGGGAUAAUAUACGCGCUGGAAAACCACUCUUCAAGCUUUCUAUUCAACGCGGCGUGGAUGCACCAACCGUGGAGCCAAACCCCGAAAACCUCCUUCACGCAGGUAGUCGAUUGUCUCGCGCAGGCGCCCGGGAUUCUGCAGCGAGUGUUCCUCUUACCCAGUCUCAGCCCCGACCAACAAGUCGAGGCCUGUUUCCAGCUGAUCGCGGAAUGCUGGCAAAUCGACGCGAGACUGGACACGAUCUACGCAGUGAUGCAGGAUGGCAGGUCGGACCCACUCUACUGGCCAGUUGCCUCGAACUAUCCCUCUCCGUCGACAACUGCGCAUGGUCAGAACCUCUUUCCCUUCGUCUUCCAUUUUGCAGACUUUGAGACCGCAGCGACGCUUAUCCUGCUGUGGGCGGUGCGGGUCCUGCUGUGGUCGGGUCUGUGCAAUUUGUACAAGGGCAUGUUUCCGACCAGCUGCAUGCUGCCGGCUGAUGAGCGAGUGGGGCCGCUUCGAGCCCUCGGCCAUCGGAGGGAGUAUAUCUCCAUGGCCCAUCAUGUCUGUCACUCGGUUGAAUACCUGAUGCAGGAUGAUUUUCUGCUGGCGGGACCGCUAUCGGUUACCCCAGCGCUGGGGAUCGUGAUCGACAGUCUGCGGUAUCAGCCCGAGCAUGCCGCGGUGGUUGCAUGGCUGCGGGCGGCUUUGGACCUCGUUCGGCAGAAGGGGUUGAAAGUGUUGGAGCACAGUCGAGUACUGCGUGGAAUCGGCCGCACGAGCGAGGAAGGCGGGAUUGACUAUGAUGCCCUGGGAAAGAUCCAACUGGCCGUGCAGGUCCUCUAUAUCACCUCUGCUGCGUUGGUGAAAUUGUCGAUCCUGUUUCUGUACCGCCAGGUCUUCCAGCACAUGCGAACCAUCAUCACCAUCACCAUCGCGGCGAUUGUGGUCAUUACCGUCGUUUUCAUCUUCGUGGCCAUCUUCCAGUGCCAUCCGAUCGGAAGGUUUUGGUGGGAGCCGAAGGCUGCACAGGGUGCAUGCAUAUCCCAUCUCAUUUUCUGGUGUGAUGUCGCGGUGGUCUUUCUUCUGAGCAACAUCUGGAUUACAGCUUUGCCUGUUCGACCGAUUCUGGGUUUACUGACGUGUUCGACGGCAACGAUUCGCCUGGCCUAUGUCAUCAAGCUCUACAGGGGCAAUGACCCGACGAGAGACAUAGUCCCGAUCUACUUCUGCUCCAUCUCAGAGAUAUGCGUUGCUCUGGUCUCCUUGAGUAUACCAUCUCUGCGUCUGGCCGCCCGGCGAAAAUGGACAAGCCCGGCCCCAUGCUGACUCUUCGACGCGGCUGCAUUG